AUGAGGAGUCGCAUGUUUCUUGGGUUUCCAACCCGACAUAAAUAUGUCCUGAUGGCUGUGAUUCUGACUCUGUUCUUUCUUUUCAAGGCCUUGCCUACGCCAACAUCCAGGUUAGACCCCCGUGUGGAGAAAUCAGACGGUGAAGACCGACCACGAUAUCUUCACCAGUCUACAUUUCGUGCGGACCCAGACUAUGCAUACGAGAUCAAACUUUCCAGUGCGCUACGCGCCAUGGAGAUAGAAGGGGAAAUGCGCCACGAUAAGGAUGUGACAGACACUCUAUGGCAGAUUAUGCUACCAGGCGUCAGCCAGCGAAGCGACGAUUCAAUCCAAAUUGAGCAAAAGAACUCAGAAUGGAAAUACAAGCUCGUAGAAGCCGACUGGGCUGACAAAUUCAUUUUUGAGACUUUUGAAUCCAUCCCAGACAUCGCCCGACUCUACAAAUCAUACCCGCACUCCGUUCACCGAGGCGAUCUCCUCCGUUACUUGAUUCUAUGGUACUACGGCGGCUACUACGCAGAUCUUGAUGUCUAUCCUGCCCGAAGCAUCAAAUCCUGUCCAUCACUGCGUGAUUCAAUCUUCAAAGGCAACAAUGUCAACACGAAUGUUUCGCUAGUUGUCGGAAUUGAGAUCGACGAGCCCUUCGCUUCGCCACAGAAGAUGCGCGACUGGCACUGGGCCCGACGCUACGGCUUCAUCCAGUACACGAUGUAUGCGCCACGACGGUUUAGUCCGCUGCUGAGAGAAAUCAUCGUUCGUGUACUGUCCCAUACGAAGCGUCGAGUCGACAAGAGCCAUUUCUGGAGUAGGCGAUACAACGAAAUGGAUACGUUGGAGAUUACGGGGCCGGGGGUGUUUACAGAUGCGAUUCUCGACGUGCUAUCGGAUACGUUGCCAUCUACGCAUCGGUUAGUUCAGCAGUCCAUGGAUGCGGAUGCUAAGUUCUGGUCCCCGGGGGCGUCCAUACAGCGUGUGACGUGGGCGCCUUUCCACGGGAUUCAAGAGCCGCUCUGUGUGGAGGGUCCUGAGGCCAAGUCUCGAAAGCUGCUGGGAGGGCUGUGUGUUCUACCUGUCAAUGUUUGGGGCAAUGGACAGCGCCAUUCCGGAUCGGAGGGCUUCAACAGUCAGCAAGCUUGUAUCAACCAUCGGUUUGGAGGAACCUGGAAACCUUGGAAACAGAGCUGGCAGAAGUAUCUCUUCGGGUGA